AUGACAUGCCAAGCUUGUGGCGCCGUGACAGAGUACGUUGAGGAAGUUUUUGGCGAAGUUUGCACAGAGUGUGGAACACUCGUUGACACUCUUCAGGCCGAAGAGCUCGUCGCUGAGCCUAUAUGUGAUGACGAUGGAAAGCUGAUAGUCGGUACAAGAGUGGUACAUGACUCCAUCAGGUCGGCAGCCGAUAACAAGGGAGCCUACAGGGCCAAAAAAAUGAUCGAAGCUCACUCGUCGCUAUCGAGUCUUUUACGCAUCCUGAAACUAGCCUCACUGGAAACUCGGGCGAAAAAUAUAUUUGACCGUGCUAUGGAUGCUGGAAAUUUUAAGUGGGGCCGCACUUCAACGUUAGUAGAAGGUGCAUCUGUGGCCGUAUCCCUUCGAGAGAGUGGGAGGUGCGAAAGCUUAUGUGACAUUGCUGUUUAUAUCAGUGUCAAGUUCGGAGCUCUCGCAAGGAUGUAUCACAAGGUCCAACGACUUCUAGGCCUUCAAUUAGCCCCGAGUGAUGCCGUUCUACACUUCUCAAGUCUACUCAGCUCUAUCAAUGCAUUGUUGUCCUUCGAACCAUCUCCGUUCCCUCAGAAGCUUCAUUCAUUCCUUGAGUCUACUCCUCUACCAGAUGUGUCUCGCUUCGCCAUUUCACUGUCUUCGCUUACUCAAAGAGUAUCGCUAUUCGACCAAAGGGCUGUUCCUCCUGUGGCCUGUGCGCUCAUUAUCUGCGCCUAUGAGGGUAUUACUGCCCAAGCGAUGCCGCAGCACACAUCAUUAGCUUCAAAACUGUGUGGACGCGUGGGUUGUGGGCAACGUACCGUUCUUGAGCGUUAUGGGGAAAUUGGCCGCUUGAUUCAGGACUGGACCAAAGCGCUCCCAUGGGCCAACGCUGUGGGUACUGGGAUUCGCUCUGGGAGCCGUAUUCGGGCUAAUAAUGCUCGAGCAAUGAAAGAUGCAGUGGAUUUCCAGCAAGAAAUCUGGAGGGCUAAGGUCCGUCCCCUGUGCAAAGGGGGACCCAUAGCAGAUGAUGCGUCUUGUUUUGGUUUAGAAGACGACGAUUCAUCUUUCGAGGUUGAAAACCAGAGUCGUCCUUACGUUAUCAAAGUGCCUAGUCCGACUCUGGGGGGAUCUAACACAAUGACUCUCAUCCCCCAGCCUCAUCCUAUUCGUCCACCUGCCUAUGUACGUGAUAAAGCAAGGUGGCUUUGGUCCCGCUCGCGCAUAAUGGAGCAGAUAGUCGCAUCCUCUCUACGACUUGACUCUGUUUCUACUUCUACACCUCCAUUAGGUACAUCAUCCAACUUGAGUAUCCCCUCAACGCUUGGAGCCACCGUUCUGUCCAAGGAUGCAUUUCUUCACGAGCGACCGCGCUCGAACCUUUCCAAACUUGCUGAGUCACGAGGUGGUGAACAUUUCGUUCAGGAUGAAGAACUCUUUGAGCUGGGAGAGUUGGAGGGUCUUCUUCGCAGUGAACGCGAAAUCUUGACCUUAGAGGCGAAAUGGGAUGCCGAGCAGGCAAACCAGUAA